CCGGAGCAGGUGCCCGCGCCCGCGCCCUCGGCCCCCCAGGCCUGGCCAUGCUCCGCUCCGGCGCACAGCGGCUGCGGGGCCUUCCGCUGCCGAGCCUCCCGCUGCGGGGCUCCCCGGGCCGCCCGCGCUCAGCCUGCGGCCGCCAAGGAGAAGAAAACCCACCCUUAUCUGCAGAAACAAGAUGGAAAGACAGAGCAGAAACUGUGAUCAUUGGAGGCGGCUGCGUUGGUGUGAGUCUGGCUUAUCACCUCGCCAAAGCGGGGAUGAAAGAUGUGGUCCUCCUGGAAAAAUCCGAGCUCACUGCUGGAUCUACCUGGCACGCAGCAGGUUUAACAACUUACUUUCAUCCUGGAAUAAACUUGAAGAAGAUACAUUAUGCUAGCAUCAAACUUUAUGAGCAGUUGGAAGAAGAAACUGGACAGGUGGUGGGAUUCCAUCAGCCUGGUAGUAUCAGAAUUGCCACAACUCCUGUGAGGGUCGAUGAAUUUAAAUAUCAGAUGACGCGAACCGGCUGGCAUGCGACAGAACAGUACAUUAUUGGGCCUGAAAAAAUUCAAGAGAUGUUCCCUUUACUCAACAUGAAUAAGAUUUUAGCUGGACUAUAUAAUCCUGGAGAUGGUCACAUUGAUCCUUACUCUCUAACUAUGGCCCUAGCUGCUGGGGCUAGGAAAUAUGGUGCCCUUUUAAAAUAUCCCGCCCCGGUGACUUCUCUGAAACCCAGGUCAGAUGGAACAUGGGAUGUUGAAACGCCAGAGGGAUCUAUGAGAGCGAAAAGAAUUGUGAAUACUGCAGGAUUUUGGGCUCGUGAAGUAGGUAAGAUGGUGGGACUAGAACAUCCUCUCAUUCCGGUCCAGCAUCAAUAUGUUGUUACAUCGACUAUACCUGAAGUGAAAGCUUUGAAACGGGAACUCCCGGUGCUCCGUGACCUGGAAGGAUCCUAUUAUCUCCGACAGGAAAGGGAUGGGCUUUUGUUUGGUCCAUACGAAAGUCAGGAGAAAAUGAAAGUGCAGGACACAUGGGUCACCAAUGGAGUCCCUCCAGGGUUUGGAAAGGAGCUCUUUGAGUCUGAUCUUGACCGAAUCAUGGAACAUGUUGAAGCUGCCAUGGAAAUGGUUCCAGUCUUGAAAAAGGCUGACAUCAUCAAUAUCGUCAAUGGCCCUAUCACCUAUUCUCCUGACAUUCUGCCUAUGGUGGGGCCCCAUCAGGGAGUCAGAAACUACUGGGUGGCUAUAGGCUUUGGAUACGGCAUAAUCCAUGCUGGUGGGGUAGGGAAAUAUCUCAGUGACUGGAUCCUGCACGGAGAACCUCCAUUUGAUCUGAUAGAAUUGGAUCCCAAUCGCUAUGGCAAAUGGACAACAACUCAGUACACUGAGGCCAAAGCAAGAGAGUCAUAUGGAUUCAACAAUAUUGUUGGUUAUCCUAAAGAAGAACGAUUCGCCGGGAGGCCGACUCAGCGAGUCAGUGGGCUUUAUAAAACCCUGGAGUCUAAGUGUUCCAUGGGGUUCCAUGCAGGCUGGGAGCAGCCACACUGGUUCUACAAACCAGGCCAGGACACUCAGUACAGGCCCAGUUUUUGCCGCACAAACUGGUUUGAGCCUGUAGGAUCUGAGUAUAAACAGGUUAUGCAAAAAGUAGGGGUUAUUGACCUGUCACCGUUUGGCAAGUUUAACAUCAAAGGCCAAGACUCUGUUCGACUGUUGGACCAUCUCUUUGCAAAUGUCAUUCCAAAGGUGGGUUUUACAAAUAUAAGUCACAUGUUGACACCAAAAGGUCGAGUGUAUGCUGAGUUGACUGUUUCUCACCAAACUCCUGGGGAGUUUUUACUAAUAACUGGUUCUGGAUCCGAACUUCACGAUCUUAGAUGGAUUGAAGAAGAGGCAGUCAACGGUGGAUAUGAUGUUGAAAUUAAAAACAUAACCGAUGAACUUGGAGUCCUUGGUAUUGCAGGGCCCCAUGCAAGAAAGGUUCUUCAGAAACUGACCACUGAAGAUCUUAGUGAUGAAGUUUUCAAGUUUCUUCAAACCAAGUCUUUAAAGGUUUCAAACAUUCCUGUCACUGCUAUUAGGAUAUCUUAUACUGGUGAGCUGGGUUGGGAGCUGUACCACAGACGAGAAGAUUCUGCAGCUCUCUAUGACAUUAUCAUGAAUGCAGGCCAGGAGGAGGGAAUCGAUAAUUUCGGAACAUACGCCAUGAAUGCAUUAAGACUGGAGAAAGCUUUCAGAGCCUGGGGGUCAGAGAUGAACUGUGAUACAAAUCCUUUGGAAGCCGGACUGGAAUAUUUUAUAAAGCUCAACAAGCCAGCAGACUUCAUAGGAAAGCAAGCACUGAAACAGAUUAAAGCCAAGGGGCUGAAACGGAGACUGGUCUGCCUCACCUUGGCAACGGACGAUAUUGAUCCGGAGGGAAAUGAAAGCAUCUGGUAUGAUGGCAAGGUGGUUGGCAACACGACGUCUGGAAGCUACAGUUACAGCAUCCAGAAGAGUCUGGCAUUUGCCUAUGUCCCUGUAGAGCUAAGUAAAGUAGGACAGCAGGUGGAAGUUGAGCUGUUGGGCAAAAAUUACACAGCAAGCGUCAUACAGGAACCCUUGGUGUUGACAGAACCAACCAGAAACCGGCUUCGGAAGAAAAGUGGAAAGGAUGACAUUUGAAAAAGACCUUCAGCAGGAAACUGAAUUAUGUUAGCUCUGUGACUCUGCCAAACACCAUAACUGAUCUUUGGGAGAAUACAAGAAACCAAGAAUUCAGUUCAAAAUCCUCAAAAUCUAGAUUUAUGAUCUUAAUAAAACCUUUCUCAAUUCUUUCCUCAGCAAGAGAGAAUAAUGGAUUAGUGAUUUACGUUGUUCUUUCAAAUGAAGACAUUUGAAAUGAAUGUUUUUAUUAACCUAUAUUGUUUGUAAAACUCAGCAAAACAUUUAGGUGUUCACUAAUAUACAAUCACUACUAUAACUGAAUUAGAGGACAUUGUAUAAUUUUAGGAAUAUAUGCUUAUGUUUCUUGUACCUGAAAACAAAUUGUUUUACAUAAAAAACUAAAGUAGUACUAUU